CUCAGGGAUUGUAAACGAACCAGUCAGCGCCCUGUCAAAACAGACCACUGGGCUCUACCAAUCAGCAGGACGUGGGUGGGGCCAGAUAAGAGAAUAAAAGCAGGCUGCCCCCCUCCCCCCCAGCCAGCAGUGGCAACCCGCUCGGGUCUCCUUACACAUUGUGGAAGCUUUGUUCUUUCACUCUUUGCUUUAAAUCUUGCUGCUGCUCACUCUUUGGGUCCACGCUGCUUUUAUGAGCUGUAACACUCACCGCAAAAGGCUGCAGCUUCACUCUUGAAGCCGGCGAGACCAGGAGCCCACCAGGAGGACGAACAACUCCGGGUGCGCUGCCUUAAGAGCUGUAACACUCACUGCAAUGGUCUGCAGCUUCACUCCUGAGCCAGUGAGACCCCGAACCCACCAGAAGGAAGAAACUCCGAACACAUCCAAAUAUCAGAAGGAACAAACUCCAGACGCGCCACCUUAAGAGCUGUACCACUCACCGCGAGGGUCCGCGGCUUCAUUCUUGAAGUCAGUGAGACCAAGAACCCACCAAUUCUGGACACACCAUCAGCAAUGUUGAGACUUCCUUGCAAAAAUGCCGGUUUGGGAUUCCUCAGAGUACAGACAAAAAGGAAGGCUUGAUCAGCAUGUGGUGGAUCUGAAGAUUCAAAGAAUUGCCAUGGCUCAAAAGUAGACAUUUUGGUAAAUGUGAAGAAGUGAGAUUCAAUGAAGAUGAUAAGAAAUGAAAGGUGUUACCAAAACUGCCACUGUGUUUCAACUGUCGCUGGCUGUGUUUCAACUGCCGCUGUGUUGGAACUGCCAGCUAGACUCCUCACCAAAAUGGGAGGUAGCCUCUGCUGCUGUGGUGAAGGUGAAGGCUUCUUCUACCGCCAGAAUUGGCAGUUUCCCUCGCUGGAUUCUCGGGACCUGAUCCAGGCAGCACACUCGACACACUCAGCGAUUCAGCUCUACAGUAUGCACUCUGGGAUCUCCCAUUUGCUAAGGAAAGAUCUUAGCUUUGAGAAAGGUGACACUUUCCUCCCUACUUUUGCUGGAGAACUACCCUGGUUUGAGCUUCCUGCUGGAAAUGAGGCAGAGGUACAGGCUGAGGAGAAAGGUGUCAAGCCUGUGGCAGCAGAGCUUCCUGGGGAGUCCUCAGAGCAAGUCAUUGCCAUUGUCGAAGUGUCUUCUAGGCUUUAUUUUGGGGCCAUUACCUCGAGCACUGUUUCUUGUCUGGUUUCCUAAUGUCAGCAACUGAAGAAAAGACCUGUACACACAGGACACAGCAUGGUCUGACGCUCACAGUGUUUUCCUUUCUCUCUGCAGAGGGAUUCAGCACUUUGGGCAAGUGGUUGCACAGAGGAUCCCGUGGAAGAAUUCAUAUAUGAAUCAGAUGAGGAUGCCCCAGGACCGUCGUAGGUCAGGCCACCUGCUUUUGUCAAAGAAAAAAGAUAACCCCUAUUUGAAUUAAAAUAUGAGAAUCUGACCGUAUGUAUCAUAGGUGACUUACACAGUGUCCUUGGUAAGGAGAAUUUAGAGUGAGAGUCUGUUCCCCACUGAGGUUUGAUUUAAGAUGGCAGAAGAAAAUGACAUCAUCAGCCACUCAGCAGCUUGAUUCUCUCCUUGGGGCAAAAUCACUUAAUUGCCAAGCAACAUGGACUUACGGGAAACAUCCUCCAAUGAAAACUUAGGUUUUUAGCAUGAUUCGGUGUGUCCUGUUCUUAUUUUGGGUGCUUUUGGGUGGUCUCAUCGUGACAGUCAAUGUCCUGGGUCUUCAGUGUCUAUAAAGUCCCCCUGCAGCCCUCCUGCCCACUGUCUUGGCAUUGCCUCCAUUCCUGGUCCCCAGGCUGCAGCGUUGAAUCCUGUUGAGCAACCCCACAGGGUUUAGGAAGGGAGCCCGGCUGAGGUCAGAAGAGUUGGUGCCACCCUGCAGGAAGGGUUCCCAGUGACGUCUGGGUCUGCUGUGGCCGCCCCCCUCCGCCCCCGGGCUUUUGCUGCACUGGGGUCUCUGGACAUGCGCACUUGUUGUCUUCCUCCCAGAUACCAACAAGCCCUCUCCCGGCACCUGCAGAAAAAGUGGGGAAAAUCCCCGAAGAGGCAGAAACGUGAGUGUGCAGGGGCGGCAUGACCAGGGGAAGGCAGACAAUGCCUGUGUGCCCAUGGCUGCCCUCACUCUCUUGUUGUCCCAUCAGAAAACCUAGUGAGCUGAAGGAUGAGGCUGCUGAAGAGCCUGAGCUCACUUGUUGUGGCCUGACCUGUUGUGGCCUUUGUACUUAUGCUGGAAAUCCCUAAAGGCAAGUGAAGGAUGCCCUGAGAACAUCCUCCAGGGAGCAGACAGCCUCUCCAUAGCAGGCCCUGAGCCCACUGGGCUGAGCCUUCCAUAGGCUGCUUUAAUGAGGGAGGGGCUGAGGUGCCGGUCAGGCUACCAGAUGCAGGAUUCUGAAGGCCAUGCAGCGCGUUCUUGUCUGCAGUGCCACUUAAGCUCAUUUGAGGGGACCCAGCCCUGCCCUCCAUGUCCCCAGAAGACAACAGGGAGGGAGCUUCACCAAUUCAACAUGAGCAGCCACUGGGUUGAUCAUGAAUCCCCCUGUUGCAUGCCUGCUGGGAAAGGUGUGAGAGGGAGGGAGGCAGCCCCAGGCUUCUUGCCACACAAGCAGCCCACCCAGCCCAGCAUUGCACACCUGCGGGCACUCAGUAGGUCCUGGCAUCAAGAAGGGGAAAGGCCAGGAUCCAAGACCCGCUGGGAUGUGCCCAGUCCCAGGGACCCCCUAGCCUCCAUGGAGCCCUCGGUGCCUCGGGUGGCCUCAUGGCCCCAUUUCUCAAGAUGAGUUUGGAGGCUUCUGUGUGUAGAGAGCACUGAUUUGGGCAUCAGUGGUUCUGUGUCUGUGUCAGAUGCCAACAAAAAUACUCGUGAAGACAAGUCAGGGCCAUGCUCACUUAGGAGGAGUUGAGGGGCAGGAUUCAGGAAGUCACAGUUUUAAAUGUAUUUUCCAAUUUGAAAUUAACAUAUAUGAGUGUGUUUUUGUGUAUUUUAUAGAUAUGUGUGUGUGUAUAUAUAUAUAUAUAUAUAUAUAUAUAUAUAUAUAUAUACACACACAGUCACACACACACAGUUUUUUACUCUUCAAAACAGUGGUUUCCAUAAUCUUUUUAUGCUGGAAUGUAUUAAGUGAGAAAUGCAUGUUUUAGCAAAGCAUUAAUGAUUUUUUAAAUGAAAAUGCAUAGACAGGGUUGGUGGGGAUGUUGGAAGGAUCAAGUCUGAUUGGGCGAUAACAAUGACGUGCUCCAGGAAGCAGCACACAUUUAACGUGCAGCUCUUCUGUCUGGAUGGCAUGGAGGGUCUGGGUGGAGGGGCAGGUCACCACCCCACCCUGUGUCAUCAGACCUCCUGCUCCUCCCAGGGCUCGGGGGCAUGGGGCUCUGCCUGUUGAUCCUUGCUCUUUGUGUUUCAGUAUCUGGAGGUCCAGUCCCCUGAAGGCGCCCAUGUGCGUGCCUGGGCUCAGUGCCUCCUGCAGGACAUUUAAUAGACACUGUGCACAGACAACCCCCUCAGCAGAGAGCAGCGCACAGGCCUCGGUGCCCUGUGGAUGGACUCUGGGGAGGCCAGGGGCCCAAGGCCACCUUCUAGGGCCCGAGGAGCCCUCUGAGACCUGUACACCUACCCCAGGGAGCGCCCCUCCCUCCACCUCUGUGCCCCCCCAGUGACCCUCGAACCUCUGUCUGUUUUGCAGAUUCGUCCGGAAGGGCCGCCAGCCAGUGGAUUUCCCUGGCCCCUCAGCCCUCUGGAGCGUACGAGUUUUGGAGAACCCUCUUCCUCUGUAUAUGCUUUUGACUUUCCUGGACUGAUGUAAAAAUACUCUUUUCUUUGACCUGUUUAUUUUUAAGACACCAUGUGAUUGUGUCAGCUUAUAUUUUAUUGCUGAAGUAAAUUUUCAAAUGUUUUAUUAGUUUUUUUUGGAUCUUUGUCCACUCAUUUUGGAGUUUUUGUAAUUUUGAUAGGUGUUCUUUUAUGCUUUGUAUUGUUUUCUUAAUGACUUUUACCUUAGUUUUUAACAAACCCAUAGUACAGUGUUAUACCCAAGCGAGUUAGAGAAAACGCCACACUUUGAGACGAAUUAAGAGUCCAUUAUUGGCCGGGCGCGGUGGCUCAAGCCUGUAAUCUCAGCACUUUGGGAGGCCGAGGCGGGUGGAUCACAAGGUCAGGAGGUCGAGACCAUCCUGGCUAACACGGUGAAACCCCGUCUCUACUAAAAAUAUAAAAAAUUAGCUGGGCGUGGUGGCAGGCGCCUGUAGUCCCAGCUGCUAGGGAGGCUGAGGCAGGAAAAUGGCAUGAACCUGGGAGGCGGAGCUUACAGUGAGCUGAGAUCGCGCCACUGCACUCCAGCCUGGGCGACAGAGCAAGACUCCGUCUCAAAAAAAAAAAAAAAAAAGAGUCCUUUAUUUAAGCCAGCGGCCAAAGAGACGGCUAACGCUCAAAAUUCUCUCGGCCCCGAGGAAGGGGCUUGAUUAACUUUUAUACCUUGGUUUAGGAAGGGGAGGGGAACUCAAAUGCAAUAAUUCUACAGAAGUAAAAACAUGCAAGAAUCAAAAAAACAAAUGGUUACAGAGAGAGAAACAAUUUAAAAGACAAAUGGUUACAAAAGAAGCAACGGAACCAGGUGCGGGGCUCUAAAUCCUUCAUUAGAGUUCGAUAUGGAUGCUCUGCCAGACACGGACUCAAGGCUUUAUGCUGUUAUCUCUUUGAGCAAAACCCUGGGAACUUCAUACAUUGUUUGUUCCAGUACCUUAUCAGUUAAUUGGGCUCCUUUGAAAUGCUGAGGAUCUGCUUACACAGGUUAACGCCUUGAGGAAGGGGUUUGGGUAAGGAGCCCUUGAUGUUUUGUUAAUCAAGAGGCCAAAUGGAGUUUGUCCGGCUUUCCCAGCUAAGGGAGAGUCUUAUUCAUAUGGGAAACAAGGCUGGGUAAUUAAGGAGACAAAAGGGAAAAUUUAAAAAUAGCGAGUUACAGUAAAAACAAGGUUAGGCAUUACAACAGUAAGUUAUAUUAAGACAAUAUUUUGGCCGGGCGUGGUGGCUCACGCCUGUAAUACUUAGCACUUUGGGAGGCCGAGGCGGGCAGAUCAUGAGGUCAGGAGAUCAAGACCGUCCUGGCUAACACUGUGAAACACCAUCUCUGCUAAAAAUACAAAAAAUUAGCUGGGCGUGGUGGGGGGGGGGGGGGCGUCUGUAGUCCCAGCUGCUCCGGAGGCUGAGGCAGGAGAAUGGUGUGAACCUGGGAGGCGGAGCUUGCAGUGAGCUGAGAUAGUGCCACUGCACUCCAGCCUGGGCAACAGAGCGAGACUCCACCUCAAAAAAAGAAAAAAAAAAAAAAAGAGAGACAUAGUAUUUUUAAUGUUUUUUAAUAGCUUAUAUUCUGUACAUCUUUUCACAUGUAGAAAUGUUAAUGGCUGGGCGCAGUGGCUCACGCUUGUAAUCCCAGCACUUUGGGAGGCUGAGGCAGGAGAAUCACUUGAGCCCAGGAGUUGGAGACCAGCCUGGGAAACAUGGCAAAUAAAAACCGCAGUUUAAACUCUGAGUUUCAAUCAGAAACUAACAGCUCUUGGAUUUCCCGGGGCUCACACUCCUCUGAAACAACUCACGAAGAGCCUGAGGAAGCAGUUCUCACUGGAAAAUGCAAGAAAGUAUGUUCUGAUGAAGACCCUUAGCUCUGUUCAUUUUCAUGAUGCAAAUGCCCACAAAGGUGGUUUUGACCUGACUGACCCUGUGCGAGGAGGCACAGUCUCCUCACCAGCAUAAGCACGUGGCAUCAGAUGCGGAGACAGUUUUGGACGUGGAUGGAUGUUUACACACUGAGACUCCUUCAGUGUCCCUUCAAGAAAAUGUGGACACAGUGUCUCUGAAGCCUGUUAGUGACCAUAGAAUUAAUUUCACUAAUACCUUUCGGUCACCGACUCCUGAAAAGAGAACAUGUGAAUAUCAUGAGUCCGUUGAAAAAAGACAGUAAGUGGGCUUGAAAAAACAGAAUAAAAGAAACACAAGUUUUCAUUUUGAUCAAGGUUAAAAGGAUGCCGUUAAGGAACAGCUGCCUUCCACCUGAAUGAGCCACUAGAUGCUAAAACACUUUUGCUUGUCUGUAAACAUGUGACUACAAUUAGGUUUAUAUUUCUUUGAAGAAACUGUAUUGUGUUAUCUAAAUUUGUAACGUCACAUUUGAGAGACUCAGUGAUUAAAAACAGCUAUUUUCACUGUAGUUAAAUAUGCCUUUGAUUCUGAUUUUCAAACAAAAAGAAAACGUACUUUUAGUAAAAAUGUGUCUCAGAGGAACACUAUUACAGUUUUUCCGCUUUUAUUAAGUGGUUCUCUGCUCACUCCCUUUUUCCCCACCAGAAUUGCGGAGGACUCAGGUAUUCCUAUUAACAGAAAUGAAUCUCACACAGAAUGUGGUCUAUGAAAAUGAAGAGGGCAGAGGGGUCAUGGACCUUGCCUGUCACACAUCUUUUAUGAGCAAACAAAAUGUGAUGAGAUGACUGAAGACUUGAGAUCUGGUUAGUGAUACCACCGAUGAGAUGAGCACCACAGGUAUUCAAGCCAGCCCAGCCCUGUCCGAGGAAUAGGCUGUGGAAAAAUUGAGAGAAUUUCCAUUUCAGAAUAUAGGAAAAGGAACAUAAAGGAACAUUACCAUCUAUGAUCCCAAACGACUGAUAUGAAAAAAUGACUGCAACUACUUCUCUGAGUAGCAAGCCUAAAGAUGUAAAACCUAACCUUAGAUCAAGUGAAGAUCCUUCCUCCAAAAGUGGAGAUCUGUUGGAACCCAGUGAGGUGGAUUGGAUGUCAGACCUCAAGAAAGUGGACCAGAUCGGGCUGGCUCUCCUGAGCAAGUCAGGUCUGAGUCGUCAGACGGGGUCAGCUGCCCACACCUCCCUGUGUCCUGCCAGGAGACUGUAGAUGAUGAUCAAAAAUCAUCACUAAAGCUACGUCAACUGCAAGUUGUGAGCUCAGAGGCCGGGACCUGUUCCCAGCGGAACCAUUCAUGGCUCUGCAGCUGAGACGCAGAACAUGGGGCUGCGGUGCCUGCACUCUUGAUGUCACCCCUCCCAGCACAGCUUCCUUCAGCCAGAGGUAUUGAAGAACACUCCCUUCAGCUGGAAGUGUCGCCCUGCCUCAGUGCCAGGCUGGCAGGGCCAUAGCCUGUGGCUUCUCAGGAGGCCAUCCCUAUCCAGCUGUCACGGGAGAGCAUGUGCAGAACUCUGUGGCUGUGGAAUUUGGGACCAAAUACCGGCUCUGGAUGGAUGGGCACCUCUUCCAUCUGCGACCCAUAUUCUGAUGCCUCACAUCGGAACCUGCUAAGCACAGCGAAGCCUUUUCCUGUGCAUUCUAUUGGUAGAAACUGGAAAGAAACCACGAGAUUCAGGAAUGACAUCAGUACUGGGUAGAGACAGAACAGAAAGCCAUUCUUGAUUUUGGUGACUGGAGUUGUGGAGGCUGGAAGUCUCUGCCAAUAAAAGCACUGAACCGGACACACACCACUUACCAAUCAAGUUGAUUCUCAAUGUUAGCACCGUGGCCUGGCAAGAUCGGACGUUUUCCGAGGAACCCGGCUGAGCUCCUGUGAGAGCUGCUCCCUGCACUGAUGUGGUCCCUUGGCUGGCAGGCUGCUCUGUGAUCAACCAGGUGACACCUGCCUGUUAUGAGGGACAGGUAGGAGAGGAUGGGCUUUCCAUCAAAACAAACAAAAAAAAAGUCCCAAGAAGGAACUCGGCUCUUCAGAGAUUCAGGACUCAGGAGAAGACUUCGUGGUGAGAGUUGACGUAGAAGUUGACAGCCCAAACCCCACACCAGUUCUUAGAAGUAUUGAUCUCCAAGAAAGAGCAGAAAGAGCUACAACUCCUGCUCCCAGGGACUUACAGGUCCCAGAAUGAGAAAGUCCCUCUUUAGUGGAUCUAGAGAAUCUAUUCAUUAAACCUGGAGAAGAACAUGAGGUUAUAGUUUCUUUUUCUCCAAGGGAUCCCAAAGUUUGGGAGGAAAGGAUCUAAAAAAUGUGCAGCCAUUUGGACCUCAGUAUGAAGUGGUGUUAAAAGGUGAAGUCCAUUCUUUGGGAAGUAAACCUCUGCCACGUGGAUCAUGCUCAGACAUCCUAUUGAAGUUUGUCCAACAAUUUCUUGCUUUGGAAGGUGUCCCUCUUGGUGGAACACAGUUUCACCUUUUGCUGGAACUCAGAGCUACAAAUGAUGCUUAAUGUACCAACGCCUUCUGACUGAGCUCCUCUCUGCCCUGAAUACAAGAUACCCUAAUAGUUAUGUGGAAAUAUCAUCGCCCCUGUUCAGCAUGAAGAAGUUACAAAAGACGGACCUUCAUCCUUCUGCAACCCUUAGGAUUAAGGGUCCUCUUGUAAAAGGUAGGGGAAAUACGUAAGAAGCUUUCAAACCAGAGCGACUCCAUUUUGAACAAGGGCUAAGAAAAAUGAAGCUGGGUCCUGUUGGGCUGCAUGCGCAGGAGGUUAAGCAUUCUUAGCCUCAAGAUGUUUACAAUUGAGGGAACAGAUUAAUAAUGUUUCCUAAACAGACUCAGGACUUAACAGACUCAAGAACGUCUUGAUACUUUGAGAACAAAAGCACUUCUAGUUUUAAAUACGCAUUGUACCUAGGCUGGAUGCUUUUCUUACUUUUGGAAAUGCCCUCCCCUGUCUAUGGAGUCACUAUUCAUUCCCUCCUUUAUUAAAGUUGCUUCUAUUUUGCACUGUG